AUGGGAAGGAGGAGUUGUUUCAGGCGUCCAUAUUUGGUCCGGAAUGCGGAUCGGCGCGCUGCGACACUCAGUCACUCUCAAUGUCGUGCUCUCUUGGGGUCACAAGCAGGCAGGCGCAAAACAUCUCUUGUUCAACAACCUUUCCAAAACUUGACAGUUUCCAAGACUUCCGCUAGCAGCGGAUCUAACCGAACAAAUCACCACCCCUGCUCUCACCCACCCAUCCAUGCAUCCAUCUCCCUCUUCCCACACCCACCUUCCUCACCACAAUCCACAUCACCUUUCACAAUGACCUACACCUCCAUGCUCCGAGACAAGAGCCGCGUCUCCAAAAGGCCAAAAUCCAAGCCAUCAUCAUCAUCAUCUACUAAGCCGGUUCCAGACAUGGCAGAUUUCGACGAUGAACUCCUCUUAAUCCUUCUUCGUAACCUCCACAACGCAGCCACAACCUUCGGCGAAGGAACCCCUCCAUACGAAAAUAUCAGAAAAGUAGUGGAGGACCAUCUUAAUGAUAUGAAACGCAAAGGAAAGACGACGAAUAUUGCCAAGACGAGGCAGAGGCUUGAUCAGAGUGAAGACGGUACUUCUGCUGCUGAUCGUAAGCAAGUAACAGGUCAAGGGCACGAAGGAAAUGCAGAAGCGGUAUCAAGUCCAAUGUUAAAUCUUACUAUACGACCCAAACCAGAAAGUUCAUCAUGA